GAAGCUACCAUACGUCACAAGCGUCGCUGGCAACGGCGGAGGUUGGAGCGGGAAGAACAUAUCUGCUACAGUAAACACCGUCAGGCCGAAACUAUUGUCCACUCGGUACCAGGGAGAAGUGGGGGAACUUUCCAGUGUUUUGUCAAUGUGGAACAGAUAUCAUAUCCUUUCUGUCAGCUGUAAACUGAGAAUGAGAAGUCCCUGACCAUGUCAGCUCGAUAGCGGUAUGUUUGCUAUUCGUCAUAUGUGUACGGUUUUUCAGAGCGUCACUAAGUUUUUGCUGGGCUGAGACCUCAACAGGUGGAUCACCAGAUGGCCUCCAAAGGUUGGCAGCAUCCUUAUGUCAAUAUAUUCAAACAUGUCAGAGUCGAAGACUGGAAAAGAUCGUCAAAAGAAGGGGAUGUGACAACAUGCAUGAACAAAACACUGAGGUGCUCAGUGUUCCACAUCAGGGGUCCUGUUCCUGCCAACAGUUACAUCCUGAUACCCAAAAACAGCAACCAGUCUCUGGGGCUGACAGGACGCUACUUCUACCUCCUCUUCAGGCCAACACCAGGAAAAUACUUUGUGGUUCACCUCGAUGUGUCUGCAGAGGAGGGUCAGGUGAUCCGGAUUUCCUUCUCCAACAUGUUCAAAGAGCUCAAGUCAUCAGCUACCUGGCUUCAGUUCCCUUUCCUAUGUGGAGCUGCGAAAGAUUCAGUCUAUGAAAGCACGGCCAAAUCUGCAAGACAUGGUUUGGUGGGUCCAGCUCCCUCCUCAGUGCGUUGGACCUGUCUGAUGCUGGAUCUGCAAUACAUACUCACUGACUACCUCAACCACUGCUACAGUCACCUGAAGAGCAUCAAGCUUUGUGCCAACAUAGCGGUUAAAAACAUGUUCACAAGUGACCUGCUGCUAGAUCCAGGAGUUUCCUUUAGUGAAGCCAAACUGAUGGGUUUGGCCUCUUCUCAGGGAACAGGUCCAAUACCAAGAGAAAUGUCAUUUCCUGUAACUAAGGGAGACUCGUGGCAUGAUCGCUAUGAUCACAUCAGGUUUCCCUCCAAAGGAUCAAAGCUACCCUUUGACUCUAUUCAAAAAGACGAUCCAAGGCCGGACAGCAUAUAUGUCUCCAGAAGUAGAAGCCCUGUGAGAAAGGAGUCCCACCUUGUCAACCUCAGCAAACCUGUCAAGGACCGUGUGUCCCUCAUCCAGCAGAUCACCACUCCAAAAGUACCCCCGAGGUACCAAACCCCCACAGUGACUAACAUCACCCAGCUGGGUGUAGUCUCCACUCACCAGAAUCAGGAAUGGCUUUCUCACAACAAUGACAACGAGCACCAGCAAGAGUCCACAUGCUCAAAAUCACAACUUCUGACAUCGGGGUCAGCCGGUGAAGCUGAUGAUGAAGGAGUUCAUGUGUAUGUUCAUGCUGAGGACGGCUGCAGUGAACACGAGGAGAGUGAGAAAGAGUUUGUUUGCACUCCUGUUCCACAUGUUGUCCAUUUAUCAUCGUCCAAAGAAAGCAGACAACAGAAGCUGCUUCCUGACCCGAUUCUCAGGCUCAAUCGGAUCAUCGGCUUUGGAGGAGCAACAACCCGAUGUGUGCUUUGGACCAAAUCUGGAGAUGCUGUGGUGUAUCCAUGUCAUGCUAUUAUCGUCUCUAUGACCGUAUCUUCUAACCAGCAGAGGUUCUUCAUCGGCCACACUGAUAAGGUAUCUGCACUGGCUUUUAAUGGCAACACAACACUACUGGCCUCUGCACAAACUGGCAACCACAGUGUGGUCCGAGUAUGGAACUAUCACAAAGGAAACUGUCUGGCCAUGUUCAGGACUCAUGCUCAUUCAUUUUCCUGUCUUAGCUUCUCACACAGCGGCGGUCUCCUCUGUGGAGUGGGCAAAGACAGACACAGUAAAAUGAUGGUGGUAGUGUGGAACACAUUGAAUGUUAAAGGUGGAGAGGUAACCAUCUUAGCCAGAGCACACACAGAUGUGGACAUCCGCACAAUAAAGGUUGCCUCCUUUGAUGAUACAAGGAUGGUGUCAUGUGGUCGCGACAAUAUUCGCUUGUGGAGAGUGCGAAAUGGGACGCUGCGUUCGUGUCCUGUCAACUUGGGUGAAUACCACCCGAUGGACUUAACAGAUGUGGCCUUUGGGGAGGGGAGCCAUAGCCUUGAUGAGCGAACACUGUUUGCCAGCAGUCGGAGUGGCCAUAUCUUUGAGAUCGACUACAGCAGAGUUGUUAUCAGAAAUGUGAGGAGGCUGCUGCCUGCACAGCAGCAGCAUGCAAACCGCAGGGAGAAGUGGACUUUUAACACAGGUCCAGGCAUUGCUAUCAACAGCAUUAGUGUGUCCUCAUCAUUUUGUGCCACCGGCUCUGAAGAUGGCUUCCUGCGUCUGUGGCCCCUUGACUUUUCUUCUGUCUUCCUGGAGGCUGAGCAUGAGGGGCCCGUGAGCCUCGUGUCUGUCUCAUCAGACAGCCGUUACGUCCUGGCUGCUACAUCCACAGGUAACCUGGGUUUCCUUGAUGUGAGCAGCCGAGGUUACAGCACACUGAUGAGGUCGCAUACAGACGCCGUGCUCGGCUUCAGUGUGGAUGGCAUCCGUCGGCACCUGACAACAGCUUCCUCUGAUGGCACAGUUCGUAUUUGGAACAUGGAUUCCCUGCAGCAGCUGUUUGACUUUGUGUCAGAGGACAGCCCUUGCUCUGUGGCCUUCCAUCCCAGCAAGCAGGUUUUCUCCUGUGGCUUCAGCUCCGGCAUUGUCCGGGUUUUUGAUAUCUCCAGUGCCAAACUGCUGGCUGAACACAAGCAGCACCAAGGAGAAAUAGUGGGUCUUGCCUUUUCUCCGGAUGGAGAGUUCAUGUACACUGCAGACUCCCAAGGUUCUCUGACACUUUACAACGCAUCCGAGGAAGAACAUGAUGUGACCAGAGCUGUGUGUAAUGUGGUUGCUCGAGGCACGGAGCGCGCUCCAGACGCUCUCACAGUGAGCUCUGACAGUCGCUGUCUGGCUUUUGUCGGCCCCACUGAAUAUAUUGUCACCAUCGCUGACUCACGGUCUCUGGAUGAGUUGCUCCUCCUAGAUGUUAGCAUUCUGGACGUGGAUAGCCCCCGUGUUGAUUCUGCACUGAAAGUCUGCUUUUCUCCAACCUCUACUGAACAUUUACUGGUAGCCAUAUCUUCUAACAAGAUCCUCUGGGUUAGCACCAAGACAGGUCGUCUGCUGCGGGAGGUGUCUAAGGUGCACAAACAUGAAUGCUCAUCUCUUGCUGUGAGUGAAGACGCCCGAUUCCUGCUGACAGCGGGACACAAUGCUGUGAAAGUGUGGGACUAUAACAUGCAGCUAGAUUUAAACUCACAGAUGUUCAUCGGACACAGUCAGUCCAUCUGCCAGGUGAGUUUCACUCCUGACCAGCUUGGUGUAGUCUCUGUGGGAGAUGCCAUCUUCCUUUGGGACUUCCUGGCACAUCCUGUGGACUCUUUGGCUGACAGACGUUCACCUCUCAAAGUGACUUCCACCCGAGCUUCUCGACCAGUUCAACCAGAAGAAGGAGGUUAGGUAGAGUUCAGGUUGUCCAAUGGGAUGCCUCGACAGACGGCACCUAUUCCCGCUUCACCUCCACCUCGACUGGAUGUCAUCACAACAGGCCAGGCUAACGGAGGGGCUUUGGGCUCUUUGUCCUUUUUUGAUGAUGCUCCACACAUCCCAAAUGCUCCUGUCCCAGCCCCUGGUUAGGUGCUUUCCUCUGACCCCAGACCUGUUGUCUCCUUCCUGAAAGUCACUGAGCUGGGCCACACGCCUCCCUUGAAUACCAGUCAACCGGACAUUGUUGAGUUGAAAGGGAAGAAGCCAGUACGUCCUGAUUGUUACAGGCACUUUCUCCCUCGUUUUAAGACCUCCAGUCUUGAUCAGGCUGCUGUGCCUCCCAAACCAGGCGAGGAGGGCAAACUCAAAGCAGUGAUUGGCUAUAAUGGCAAUGGGCGAGGCAACAUGGUGUGGAGCCCUGACCAAGGUUUGUUCGCGUAUUCCUGUGGUUGUUUGGUGGUGGUGGAAUACCUUCAUACGGGAAGUCAGAGGCACUUGCACGGCCACAAUGAGGAGAUCUCUUGUCUCGCAGUCACAAAUGACGCUAAGACAAAUGCAUCAGCAUCAGGCGGCAGUAAUGGCACCAGGAGCUUGAUCUGCAUUUGGGACAUCCAGAAUGGAACUUGUCGUAAAACCAUGUCCUACCACAGGGAGGGGGUGCAGAGUCUGGCUUUCUCCAGGGAUGAUCGCUUCUUCUCUCUGUUGGUGAGAGAUUUCUCUGACCCCGAGGUGGCUCUGUGGAACACAAAGACCUUCCAGCUGCUGUCCAGCGUGAGUGUAUCAGGGCCGAUCCACGACGCAGCUUUCAGUCCCUCACAGCCAGCCAUGGCCUGUGGCAGCCUAGGGGCUUACUUCUGCCUCAUCCAGACUCAAGGCUCCAACGUUGACCUCAAGGUACAUCAGAAAAACACAGCACCAGCGGAAGUGGGUGACGUAGAGCUGACGGCUCUGUGCUACCACAUGGACUCUCUCCUGUUCACCGCCACUAAUAGAGGACAUUGCGUCUGGGAUGUGGAAACACAGCGCUGCUUCAUGACGUGGCAAGCUGAUGAGGGGGAGAUUGGUAUGCUGCUGUGUAGAGGGAACCAACUCUUGACAGGCAGCAACACCCGCUGGUUGCGACUGUGGGAGGUAGAAGCUGUGCAGGGUGAGAAGCCUCAGGAAAAGGUCUCCAAUGAAGAAGACAGUGGGACCACAGUGGUGUUGGAGCAGGAGAUCAUGCUGGACGGGACGACGGUCAGCGCAGCGUUUGAUAACGCAAUGGACAUGGGCAUUGUCGGCACCACAGCAGGAACCCUCUGGUACAUCAGCUGGUCGGACAACACCAGCACCCGACUGGUCAGCGGGCACAAGACAAAGGUGAACGGCAUGGCGUUCAGCUCUGACGAGAGACAUUUUGCCACCUGCAGCGAGGACGGCAGCGUAAGGGUGUGGUCGACCAUCUGCAACGAACUGGUGGUGCAGUUUCAGGUGCUCAACCAGGCCUGUGGAUGUGUUUGCUGGAGCCCUUCUUCCAGUAAGGAGAGUGCUUGUGUAGCUGCAGGCUACAGCGAUGGUACCCUGAGGAUCUUCAGACUUGCCUCCUCAGAGAUGGAGAUGAAGCUGCAACCUCAUCCCUUGGCUGUCACUGCUGUUCAGUACUCUGCCAAAGGUCAUGUAAUCCUCUCAGCCGGGAAGAAUGGUAUGAUAGUCGUCAGCAGCCUGGUGAAUGGAGCAACUGUUCGUGUCAUCAGGGACCACAAAGGAGCACAGAUUACCUCUGUUCAGUGUGUGAAUGAGCAGUGUAAGGAUUUUGGACUGGAGGGGAAUGAGAUGUGGUUGGCUGCCAGUGAUGACAGACGUGUCAGUGUGUGGGCUGCUGAUUGGAUAAAGGACAAGUGUGAUCUGCUGGACUGGCUGACAUUUCCUGCUCCGGUCUACACUGGGGAUGACAGCCCACCUCCGAGCCUGGCUUCCUUCUGCCCCACAGACCCCAGCCUGGUGGUAUACACCGGCUACGGAGUAGAGAAAGAGCUGUCUUUCUACAGCCUGGCUAAAAAACAGAUAAUCAAAAAGAUUUCCCUCCCUCACUGGGCCACAUGUUUUAGCCUCUCUUGUAAAAGUCAGCUCAUAGCUAUGGGAUCAAAAGAGCGAGUGCUGAAGUUGAUUGAGUCGACCAGCGGCAGGUUUCAGGACUCCCUGCAGCACAGUGACUCACUGCAGACGUGUCACUUCUCCCCCUCUGGGACUCUCCUCUUCACUGUGGCUUAUAAUGAGAUCCUGCUGUGGGAGGUGCAGGGCUUCUGAGGACCUCACAAAUGUUUAUAAAAGUUCAAACUUAGAGGUUUAAACCUGUUGGUUAUUUUGUUCCUCUGUGUAAUUGCAUCUUUCCAAGAUUUGUUUUAUUCGAAGAGCAUUUUUAUUUAGUUUUUGGAGGAGCUUUGUGGUAUAUUUACAACAUUUCAUUGUGUAUGUUUUCUGUAAGUACAGUAAAUUAGGGAUGGUUUUAUGAGAAUGGGUGGGAUUCUUUAAUCUCCUCUGAUGUUUGACUAUUAUUAAAGGUUUCCGUACAGUGAGUUAAAGUUGAAUGAAUACAGCUGCUGUCCUGCUACUGUUUUGGGGGAGAAGAACUGUGGUUUGUGGGCUGCUCUGAAAUUGGAUGGGUUUUGAAUAAAUGCACUAUAUAGAGUCAUGUGUCAAGUCUGAGUUGAACUUGAAAGCCUGUGUUUUAAUUCAGAAUUCAUUUAUUUUCAAUUCUUUUUAAGUUAUGUUUUUGGGCAUUUUUGCCUUUAUUGGAUAGGAAAGCUGGAGAGAGACAGGAAAUGUUGAGAGUAGAGUGCGGGGGAAGUCAUGCAGCAAACGGCAGAGGCUGGGAGUCAAACGUGCGACUGCUGGAACAAGGACUAUAGCCUCUGUGUUUUCUUUUUUUACACAGAUUUGGAAAACAGGAACACGCUUCAUUUUACAAGAAUCCCUUCAAGUUCUCACUCUCAAUGGCAGUCUCCCUAGAGACUGUGUCAGUUCUCUGCUGGGGGCUUUCUUCACCUCGUUACUAAUGUGUUACAGAAGGGAAAUAUGUAAAACCAUAUUGAGUACAGAGCAGAUUUAUAGAUUCCAUAUAAUGAGCACUGCCAAUAAUUAUUUUCAAAAAUUAUUGAUGAUUUUAGUUGAAUUAGAAAAACCACUGUAGAAUACAUGAAUGACGACAGCAGGCUGUCUUCUUUCUAGAGGCAGAGGUUGAGUUCUAGAGGGAAGAUUCAGAACUUUGAGAUUCUACUCUGAUUUCUCAAAUGGUGCUUUCAGGGCCCCUAACCUUUGGAGCAGGUCACAAAAUCCCCUUAUACUCAAACUCAGAAGUGUGCAUAUGUGUGGAUCCACCUUGCAGCCUAUCCUUCUCAUGUUGACAGUAGAGUUAAAGUUUUGUGUCUUAUUCUGCUUUUGUGCUUCUCUGAUCAACUGUUUUAAUAAAGCUGCUGUAAAGUUAAGCAA